UUAAACGCGCAGUUCGCCGGGCAACCUGCAGUCGGCCGCCGCGGGGAGAUCAGUGCACCGGAGUCAUGAAGAGGAGCCGGGAUUUCAGCUCCUCCGACAGCGAGCUGGAUGAAAGCACGGAGAUCGAUAAAGAGAGCGCCGAUGAGCGGGGGUCAGGCACCGAUCCUACGGACGCUGCGCGGCUCCGCCAGUCCGUCCGCUGUGUCGCAGCUGCAAGCGAGAAAGCGCCGCAGAGGGAUUAUCGAGAAGCGGCGGCGUGAUCGCAUCAACCACAGCCUGUCUGAGCUCCGCAGGCUGGUGCCCAGUGCUUUCGAGAAGCAGGGCUCAGCAAAACUGGAAAAGGCUGAGAUUCUGCAAAUGACUGUAGAUCACCUGAAGAUGCUGCAUACUGUGGGUGGCAAAGGCUAUCUUGAUGCCCAUGCACUGGCCAUGGAUUACCGUGGCCUGGGCUUCCGCGAGUGUCUGGCAGAGACAGCCCGUUACCUGAGCAUCAUCGAGGGCCUGGAGAGCACCGACCCGCUGCGGGUCCGCCUGGUAUCCCACCUCAGCAGCUAUGCUUCCCAGCGAGAGGCACACACAGGACUGGGACACGUGGCUUGGGGCUCUGCGUUCAACACGCCGUCGGCACACUUGCAACAUCGGCUCCUCCAGCAGGGGGCGGCACCCUCGCGCAGUACAAACGGCUCAUCUUCCGUUGAGAACCAGGCUCCCAGCAGGCUCACCAGCACAGCACGUGAUGAACCGGGCCACGGGCCUCUGAGAGUGCCCCCUAGUGGCACCAUAGCUCCGCUGCUUCCCGUCACUAUCAAGCUGUCCCCUCCGCUUCUGUCUUCCUUGUCCACAUCUACGUUUCCGUUUUCCUUCAGUUCCUUUCCCCUCAUCACCACAGAGGCGCUCAGUCCCUCCGCCACCUCCUCCACCCUGGGGAAGCCCUACCGGCCAUGGAGCAUGGAGAUAGGAGCCUUCUGAAGUUUCCUUCUGGACUAGAGCACCAGCUGAGCUGGAUCUCCAUGAACACAGUUUCAAAAAUGGCCAGUUGUUUCCAUUACAGUGUUGGUCUUGUAGAGAGAUAUACAGUUAUUUUAUAAAAUUACCCUUUCAGAAUUUAAAUUUCUGGGAAGAACAGAAUUUAUGUCGACCCUAAAUUGGUUUGUGUAUGGUGGGGGGGGGGGGGGUGCGAAAUGCUACAACCCCUUUCGUUUGAAUGGUUAUAAUGGUUACUGAUGUCUGUAAAGUCACAGUUAAAGCGAUACCUUUGUCUGAGUGCAUGGGCCAAGGUGUCGAUCCUCAUAUGUGUUGUGCUUAUACACAUUACAGUAGACUGGAAAAAAGUUAGAUCAAGUGUUUUAAAGAAAUCAUCGACACAAGAAACAUGGAAAGACCUGAAGAUAGGAAACACAGACGGUCAAAAGCAGUCUGUCACUGUAGGCACCCUCAGAUGACACAUUGCUGUGCAGUCCUGCCUUUUAAAAAAAUGUGUUGGUUCCCUCAUUGAAUUCUUUUCUUCGGCAAAAUUACCGGGAUGGUUUGCUACCUACAUGGUGGCUGCCAGCUGGGCCGUCAGAUUUUAUGCCUUUAAAAUGAGCUUUUCGUUUUUGAAUUGUUACCACAUGCAGGUCUGAGAUUUGCAACAUUUAUGCGUUCUUUGUCUUUCUAAACAUAAAUAAAAUGACAGCAAAAAAAAAAACC